CGCCCCCAUCGACCGCCCUAUCGACUGCCGGCUCGCUGGCCUCCCGGAACAGCCCGUCGCCCACCCGCCCGAGCCGUAGCACAUCAUGGGAAACACGCCGUCGCUCCAGGAGCAACAGGACCCGUCGUUGGAUCCCUACCAGCAAAACUUUGCCGACCUUGCAGGGGCCGACCACCAUCACUUGAUUCCAAGCGACCAGGCCGCCGACCGGCCUGCCACCUCGCCGAAAUCCGCCCACAUCGCCAGUCCAACCAAGCCAGGGCUGCCCAGCUCCGAGCCCAGCCAUGCGCGGUCCAUAUCAGCACCAUACGCCCGCUUCGCCCCGCCCGAGUCGCCGGCCUCCAGCACACCCAAGACCAAGCCCAUCAUGAUCUCGCAGUCGCCCUUUGUGGGCUCGCCCCUGCUGGCUUCGGACCAGUACAAAACCGCCGGCUCGGUCUCGAACCAAAAUAACCCGCUCUUUCGGGUCCACAACCACGGCCAGCCGACCGACCCCUCCAUCUUGGCCCUGCGCACUCGUCAGUCCGUGUCGUCGUUGACCUCGGUCGAGAAUAUCUCGGUGCCCGAAAACGAUGCCUCACAGGAAUCCUCCAAGAAUUAUAUUGCCAUUCCGGCGGCGACAGACCGGAUGACGGGUAUCUCCAUCGCCCCAUCCGACUCGGAGCCCAGGUCCUACAAGAACUCGUCCAGAAUUGCGCUGCAAGGGCCCAGCACCGAUGCCAGCGGCCAAAAAAUCGAUGAAAAAACCAUCCCUGUCCUCAUCAGCUGGACGCAGAGCGGGCGGACUGUCUAUGUCACAGGCACAUUCAACAACUGGCGGCAAAAGGUCAAACUGACCCACAGCGACGAUGGCGACUUCAUGACGGUUGUGAACAUGCUCCCAGGGACACACCGCCUGAAAUUCAUUGUGGAUUCGCAGUGGAAAUGCUCGGACGAUCUGGCCAUCGGACCGGACCCUGAAGGCAAUCUGGUCAACUUUCUUCACGUUUCGGAUGAGUCGGGUGACGCCAUUGGUGACGGCCUCGAUGGGUUGUCCCGCUGCGGCGACGACGGAGAAAUUCAGUCCAACUCGCCGGAAGAAUCCUACACCAACGAAAUCCCAUCGUACCUGUUUCCCAAUGCCCAGUCGCCCUUUGCGACCUCGCCGACGCCGCGCAGCCAGCAGAUCGAAAUCAUGCGCACCCACGCCUCCAACGCCCAGAUUCCCCCGACUGAUUCCCCGCCCAAGCUCCCGUAUCAUCUCGAAAAGGUAUUGCUGAACUCGGCACAGAGGGCAGGCGAGCAAGAUUCGACGGUUCUGCCCAUCCCCAACCACGUCAGCCUGAACCAUCUCGGGGCGUUGAGUAUCCGCGAUGGAGUCAUGGCCCUCUCGACGACCACUCGGUACCGGAAAAAGUACAUCACCACCAUCCUCUACAAGCCCGCAGUUCUCUGAGACUGUGGAUCGAUAGUGCGAGAGCCACGCUGUCGUUGAAGAACGAGGACACGAUUCAGUCAGUCCGCUCCAGCGCUCCUGAUGUCUCUAAUGAAACAGCGUGUUGUCAUGACCAUAUCCAAUCGCAUAUUCUCAGCAAUG